GUUUGAUCAAGGGAACGAUCGAGUCAGUUUCCGGACCAUUCGUGAUCAAUUCGUGUCAUUCCAGGCAAAGCCUAAUACGUCUUCUCGCGGGUUACGGAAAAGAGCCAGUGGUCACGAAUGUACCCUCCCCUUUCCCAGAUUACACACAUUACUUUUUCGAGUAUUAUUACUAAGGGACAUAACUCUUCCCGUUUAUUUACUCGCGUGUAUACUGCGAGCACGUUUCUCUUCGAAUCAGCUGGGAUGUUAUCUGUUGUGUUGUAAGGGAUACUAUAUUACUAAUGGGGAAAUCUAAGCGUAAAUUCAACUGGAAAGCUAGGCAACAGACAACCAUUGCUGUAGACCAUAGUGAGCAGAAAAAGAUAAGACUAGAUCUAAAGGAAGACACCACAAAAGAAGAAUCUGUCCAAGAGGAAGACAGCAAUGCUCUGGUCCUGCCUGGUAAGAAACGUCCGACUAAGAAGAGGAAUGACAACACACCACGAGUGAAGAAACUCAGCAAGAAGGAGAGGAAAAGGUUGCAGAAGGUCAUAGAAGUGAAAGAAAAGAAAUCAAAGAGGGCAGAGCUGCUGCAGUCGCUGAAAGAUGCCCAGGCUUCAUCUGAAGAGGCCAAACUCUUCUCUGGCAUUGCUGAAGUGUACACACAGAAAUUCAAGAAUGAUGUAAACAUAGAGACGACACCCCAGGGAGAAGUUAAGCUGAACACUGUCAGUGGAAGUGGGAGGAAGACAAAACAGAAGAAGUGUCUGGUAGAGGAAGAAGAGUUAUCAGGAAAUGAAUCUGUGUCAUCUGUUAAUACUUCUGACAUUUCAACCGAUGAGGAAGAGGAGCUGACACAGGAAGACACAACAAACAGAGAGGAAGAUUCUGGGAAUGGGUCGGAGAAAGAAGGUGUGGAAUCUACGGUUGAGAAGAAGGCAGAAGUCGGUGGGAAAGCUGCAAGAGUUUGUAUUGGUGCAGAGGGUAGGAAGGAUGCCCCAGCGGAGACAGAGGACCGGAAGCCUGCAGUGCAUGUGCUGCUGUCCAGACAGCCAGAGGUUCAGGAAGCAAGGCUGAAGCUCCCCAUUUUGUCCGAGGAGCAGGUCGUGAUGGAGGCCAUCAAUGAACAUCCUGUGGUCAUCAUCUGUGGGGAGACGGGUUCUGGUAAGACCACCCAGGUGCCGCAGUUCCUGUACGAGGCAGGAUAUGCUCAUGGUGAUGGUAUCAUUGGUGUCACUGAGCCAAGGAGAGUUUCCACAAUAAGUAUGUCCAAACGUGUUGCCAUGGAAAUGAAUCUCACCUCAAGAGAAGUGUCUUACCAGAUUCGGUAUGAGGGCAAUGUUACUGACGACACCGCUAUAAAGUUCCAGACUGAUGGUGUUCUCUUAAAAGAAGUUCAGAAGGACUUCUUGCUGAGCAAGUACAGCGUGAUCAUUGUAGACGAGGCCCACGAGAGGAGUGUAUUCACAGACAUACUGAUUGGCUUACUGUCAAGGAUAGUCCCCCUCAGAGAGAAGAGAGGGAAGCCGCUUAAGCUGAUCAUCAUGUCCGCCACUCUGCGUGUUGAGGACUUCACAGAAAACAAACAGCUGUUCAAGGUCACACCACCAGUCAUCAAGGUUGAGUCGAGACAGUUUCCUGUGACAAUACACUUCAACAAACGGACACCACUAGAUGACUACCUGGCGGAUGCAUACAGGAAGGUAUGCAAGAUUCACCGGCAGCUGCCAAGUGGAGGUAUUCUGGUGUUUGUGACCGGCCAACAAGAAGUGCAUACAUUGUGCAAAAAGCUCCGCAACAUUUUUCCUUAUAAGGCUGGAGAAGCUGUGGAGAAAAAACCAACCAAAGCAGAACUUCGAAAGCAGAAGAAAGGACAUAAGAAAAAGAAACAAAGAGUCAACCUGCCCAAAGUUAAUCUGGACAACUACUCGGUUGUGCCAAGGGAUGAGGAGACAGACGUGGACUAUGGAGAGCCUGACUCCGAUGUGGACGUUGGACUGGAGGACAUAGAGGAUCUUUCAGACCAGGAAACUGGUGCCGGCAGCUCUUCUGACCCCAUGUACGUUCUGCCGCUGUACUCCCUUCUCUCAAGUGACAAGCAGGUCAAGGUGUUUGAGCCUCCCCCAGAAGGAUGUCGGCUGUGUGUGGUCGCCACCAAUGUUGCUGAGACGUCGCUCACCAUCCCCAACAUCAAGUAUGUUGUGGAUACAGGAAAGACAAAAACCAAGUUUUAUGACAAGGUUACUGGUGUUUCCACUUUUCGGGUCACUUGGGCAUCUAAGGCUGCAGCCAAUCAGAGAGCAGGUCGUGCUGGGCGUGUGGGUGCCGGUCAUUGCUAUAGAUUAUAUUCCUCUGCAGUCUUCAAUGAUGAUUUUGAGAAAUUUGCUCCUCCAGAAAUUUCUCGGCGUCCAGUUGAUGAUCUUAUUCUACAAAUGAAGGAUAUGAACAUCGACAGGGUGGCCAACUUUCCCUUCCCUACUCCACCCGAUGUGGAACAAAUAAAGGCUGGUGAGAAGCUGUUGAUCUCCCUGGGAGCACUAACACCUCCGCAGCAACCCAAGUCCUACAGAGACAUGAACAAAGGAACCCCAUCCAAGAUAACGCCGGUAGGACGAGCUAUGGCGUGUUUCCCCGUGUCGCCUCGGUACAGCAAGAUGCUCUCCCUAGGACACCAGCACAACCUGCUUCCCUAUGUCAUCACCAUUGUGUCUGCCCUCUCAGUCGACCAGGUCUUCACGGAAAUACAGCCUCCCUCGUCUACGGACACACAGAAGGAGGACAUGAAGCAGAGGCUAUCACGGACGAUGCAGAUCAAGAAGAUGUGGGCAGGGGAGGGUAACUCCCUGUUGCUAGGCGACCUGAUGAUCCUUUUGAAGGCUGUGGGCUCUUGUGAGUAUGAGGGCUUCUCUCCAGACUUCUGUUACAAGUUCGGGAUCCGCUUCAAGGCCAUGAAGGAGAUCAGAAAGCUACGGGGGCAACUCACAAAUGCAGUCAAUGGAGUUAUUCCAGAGGCUGACCUGUGUGUUGACCCCAAGUUGACCCCUCCCACUGACCUCCAGGCAAAGCUACUACGCCAGAUUGUAUUGUCAGGACUUGCUGACCACGUGGCUAGACGAGCCCCCGCACCACCCCCAGGGGCCACAGACGAUGAGAAGAAGCUGAAGCAUGCAUACUAUUGCAUGGAGCUCGAGGAUCCAGUCUAUAUCCAUCCAACGUCCGUCCUCUUCAAGCAGCGCCCUGAGUUCAUCGUCUACCAGCACAUUCAUGAAACCUCCAGAAUUUACAUGAAGGGUGUGGUGACAGUUGAGGCUGAGUGGCUGCCUGUGUUCGCCCCCUCCUACUGUGUGUUCUCCAAGCCCCAGGAGGACCCUCCACCCCACUACAACGCUGCGUUGGGGGAGGUCUUCUGUCACAUGACAAGCAGCUAUGGUCGAGUCACCUGGCCAGUGCCGGCUGUGCCGCUACCUUACCCCGUGGGCCUUGACCGCUACAAGUGGUUUGCCCGCUUCUUGUUGGAGGGUCAGGUGGUGCCGAUGUUCAAGCAGUUCAUCCCCACACUGCUGUCCACACCCUCUACCAUGGUGAAGUCCUGGGCCAGACUGCAGCCAAGGACAGAGACUCUGCUGACUGCCCUGGUGGAGGAGAAUGUGGACUGCCUGGCUGUUCUCUCUACUGUCUGGAGAAACAAGCCCAACUAUCUAUUGAAGGCCUACCUAGACUGGCUACCUGAGUCACUGCAUCAAACGGUCAAGUUAAAAUGGCCACCUCUUGUGUCGUGAGAUGUUUAUGUGGUGUGCUGAAGAGAGUAUACAGAAAAUCUUGUAAAUAACAUGUAUCAUGUAAAUUGUAUUUUGUAAAUAAAACAUGAUUAUUGGA